CACACACACAGGACAGAGCUCCCAAGUCACUUUACUACACUCGCUCACUCACUCAUUCACACAAAUCUCCCAUACUAUUGUCUCAAAGUGCCUCCAUCCAACUCUGAACUCCUUCAUCAUGCCUUCCCCCAGAGGAUCCAAAUCAAAAGCCAAACCUACACCCAAACGUACCAGGGAUGACGUUGUAAUCGAAGACCAAGACAUGUCAGAUGCGGAGUCCACCAGCUCCAAUUACACCAAACUGGAAAUCCAGGAGCUCAUUAAUAGUGCAAUCAAUCAGACAAUGCUCACUUUCGUGAAGAAAAUAGAGGAAGCCAUCGCACCCCUUACGAUCAUCACCACAAAACUACAGGACCUCGAAUCGAAAAUGCACACCUUAGAAGCACAGGUAGCUAAACUGGAGUCGAACAGCCCUUCCACACCUGUCCCGGACCGCCAUGAGGCUACAAAAGAGACGAUGGCAACUCUCACCGCCACCCUUCUAGAGAUGACCACAGCAAUGGGCAUCACCAGUUUUGACUUUGAUGAAGCAUUUCGCGUGGGCAAGGCUACAGCCGGGAAAGGACCACGUUCUGUCAUUGUAAAACUUCUCCGAUCACGUGACCAAGGGACACUUUUCGCCCAGAAAAAGCAACUUUACGCAAGCAAAACCGGGAAAUUCGCACAAGUUUACAUAAAUGAAGAUAUGACGAAAGAGGAACGUAAAACGGCUGGUGAGCUACGAGCGAAACUACGCGAACUGAAGGUCACCGACCCCACCACAAUGGGCACGAUUCGAAAGGACAUACUCACCACCAGAAAGGCCGGUGUCGUUGACAAGAAGUACAAGUGAACCCCCACUGGCAUCACCAUUAUCCCAUGAGGACGUCGGCCUACGAAGGAUCAGAUAAGCAUAAAUCCUAUUUCCAAUCUUUUGCUAAACAUUAUUUUCUUCAACGUAGAGAACUAUUAUAAUAUGUAUAGUUUAAGUGCACACGAUCUAUCUGCUUUUACUAACUCUGCUAUUGUUUGCCUCUCCGAAACCUGGCACACCCAAAACCCUGUCGUCGCUUCGCUAUUCCCGCAAUUGCUGCUGAUCGAGCAAAAAGCCAUAAAACCACCUGUCGGUCGCCCAAAAGGGGGGCUAAUUCUCCUCCUCAAUCUGAAAUUCUUCACGCUCAUCUCAACCCUCCUUACGACCGACUCAGCCAUCAUCAUUGAAGCUAAGUGCAGUCACACAGGCGCAUUAUACGUAAUAGGAAGCUUUUACUUUCCCCCAACCCGAGAAGGAGAACUCACCUUGAUGGACCACCUCAUAACCCUCGAGGAGAUCUUAGAAAAGCACCCCAACCAUCAUCAUAUCCUUGGUGGCGAUUUUAACGCCAGGAUAAGCUCACUGGGAUCACUCAUUAACUUACAUUCCCCAUGUCCCCAACUCCGGAAAUCUCAGGAUCAAAUCUCAACGCCCCGAGGUGAAACCGUAAUAAACUUUAUGACGGACAACGAUCUAGUAUGCGUAAAUGGACGAUUUGAAGGGGAUUUGAGUGGAGAAUUUACUUUCGUAUCCAAACAGGGAAAAAGUGUGAUUGACCUCGUUUUUUGUUCACCAACUAUCGCAGCUGUGACUCAUAGCUGUGGCACGCUCAGCGUCCCAAUAUCCCAUCACCACCCAUACAAACUCACAUGGCAAGGUUCUUCCCACCAGUACCAACUCCCUAUACCGCAUAUCAUUAAAUUCUCGAGGAAGAGUGGCAAAUACCAAGCAUUUCAGGAGACUUUGCAUACACACUGCACUGCACUACUUGCAUCACGCUCCAUCGCAUACCCCACCCUGGUUAACACUAUUACGGAUGUUGCACUCUCCACUGGCCUUGCUCGAUUUUAUGACAGCCUCUCACACAUACCCCAUAAACCAUGGUAUGACAAAGAAUGUCAUGUUUCCAACCGCUCUGUAAAAAUCUGCUUACACAACGCUAAACGCAAUAACUGGGACAUUCAUCAUACAGCCGCAUAUGUGACCUCCAAGCACUCUUACAAAGCCCUACUACGUGACAAAAAAAGGAAGCAGGCUUCACGGCUGAAACAACAACUCAAUAAUGCACUUCGUCAGCAAGACUUUUGGCAGGCAAUAAAACCUUUCCGCUCCACACCAUUUGUCCCUAACCUUAUUACGAACGAAAAAUGGAUUGAGUUUUAUGACACUCUCAUGCCUCCUCCUCCGACACACAAGGAAUCAUUCAUCGGUGUCACUCACCCUGACUUAGAUAUACCAAUCACUAUGCAAGAACUACAACGGGCCCUCUCAUCUCUUCCCGUCGGGAAGGCUCCUGGUACCGAUGGUAUACCCAAUGAGCUGCUUAAAGUCCUUCCAACCGAUGCUCUCCUCGUACUCCUUGAAUGUUUUAACGAAAUCUUUGCUUCCGAACAAACACCCGAAGAAUGAGGUUUCUCCAUCACCGUGAUGCUCCAUAAAAAAGGUGAUAAGCUGAACCCGAAUAAUUAUCGCCCUAUCGCUUUACUCAAUUCACUCCUUAAACUUUUCACCCACAUAAUAUGCCACCGACUCACCAAAUGGGCUAAUGAAUGUCAUAUCCUCCCCGAGUCACAGUGCGGCUUUCGGGCCGGUCGUGGUUGCGAUGACCAAAUCUUCACCCUCACUUCCGCCAUCACAAUUGGAACGCGAGGGAAACGGGCAUCAGUCUUCGGAUUAUUCAUAGACUUUGCGCGGGCCUUCCCUUCCAUCCCACAUGACAAACUAUGGAAUAAGUUGCAUACUAUAGGAGUCAGCGGUAAAAUCAUCCGCUUACUACAAUCCUUAUACAGCAAUGCAUCUACAAAAAUCCGUCUCCAGGAUGCAUACUCCUCCCCUAUUGCAAUUACAACCGGUUUAUUACAAGGAGAAAUUUUGAGCCCUCUUCUGUUCAGCCUCUAUACUUGCGAUAUCGAAGAAAUCUUGUCCAACCUCGACGUUUCCGGAGUCAAAAUCAGCCCAUCCCUCACUAUACACCUACUCAUGUAUGCUGACGAUACUAUUGUCCUGAGCUCUACUUGUGACGGACUACGCAUGAAGAUCCGCGCACUGCAAAAAUACUUCGCCCAGCUAUCCCUAAAUGUCCACCUUGCCAAAACCAAGGUCAUCGUAUUCCGACGCAAUGGCGGCCGGCUACCCAAAGGAACAACUUUCACCUACAAUGGAGAACCGAUCGAAAUCGUCAACCAGUAUACGUACCUGGGGGUCCCGUUUUCAUCUUCUGGGGUCUUCUGCAAAGCUGCGAAACACUUCAAGCAGAAAGGUUUAACCGCUUUAGGAGCCACUUGGUCCAUUCUAACCCGUUCCCGCCUCGAAGCAAUGCAAAAGAAAUUCAAUUUGUUUUCCGCCCUCGUCACCUCUACGGCCCUAUACGGGGCCCACCUCUGGGGUUUACGCUAUUUGGAGGAAAUUGAGAAAACUCAGUACCAAUUCCACCGUCGUUUACUUAGCUUACCGCACGGUACCCCAUCUUACGCGAUGCGCUUAGAACUUAACCGACCCCCACUAAGUAUUCGAGUCGCCCACCAAACCCUGCGCUACUUACGUAAGGUGAUGCAGCAUGAGGAAGAUCGCUACACAUCUCAAUGCCUCUCGACUCUGCAAAUACUAGUUGCAGAAGAACCAGAUGACGACAUGAAUUGGCUCAACCAAAUUAAAUCCUGGAUUGGCCCGUUCGCUGGAGAUUAUGACUGGUCACAAAAUCAUCUUGCUGAUCUCACCAGCCUCAUCCAUCAUUCCACCAAAGCUAUGACCCAAGCAGCACUAGAAGCUGACAUCACCCGUACUUCACUCUCGCAAAGGUUUAGCUACUACUCCCGCCUACUCGCGGAUCCACCAAGUCAAGCGCCAUACGUCAACCUCCCCAUUCCAUUACCAGCAUUGCGAAUAAUAGCACAGUGCAGACUAGGACAGGGCCGUUACUCCACACCAUUCGGGAUGAUUAAGCUCAACUAUGAUGAAGAAUGUGAUAUAUGUAACCAACGCGCAUUAAACUCCCUGUCCCACAUUCUCUUACACUGCCCACUACAUAUGCAAGCUCGGUCAGCAUUCUUUAGUCACCAAGCACGUCAUCCUGCUGACAUUUACCAAAUUCUUAACCCAACCUCCAAAUUGGAAGCUCUCCGUCUCUCAAGAUUUAUCAUAACAUGCCUAAACCAAAUAAUGGAGAUUUCAUCUGCCUGAGCAUAACCCAGUGCUUCUCAGUUUCCUCGCCACCGCUGAGCGUAAACCAACACUGAAAAACUCGCCCCUUGUUCUGAGUCUCACCCAAUCAGCAAACAGCAAACACCCAUCGUCUUUACACCACCGUGUACAGCAGUAUGGAAACCAAACGCUACACUGCCGUCUUUUGCAUUCUAUCUCUGGUAUGCCUCCUUGGCCUCCUCCCCCCGACGAGAGGGCGCCCAACGGGGGCGCAACCAGAUGCCCAAGCAUGGUCUGCAGCAGAAAUUGUCGACACAGCCGGGGACGUGAUGGAAGGCAUCGGUACUUUCCUUCACCAGAUUCGAACCCUGUGGAGCGACAAGGCCAACACGACACUCAGACUCCCUAAAUACGGCGAUGAUCAUCUCUGGAUGGAAUACCUACAAAUGGACGUGGUUGACGCAUUUUUAUCAAACAAGACCUUCACACUUACCGAGCAAAAGCUGAAAGAUGAUAACCUCCUACUAAACUUAUACGCUGGCUCUCCACUCUAUCCAAUCCCUCACCCUGAUUUUCCUCACCCUUCUUGCGGCUGUCAAAUUUGCACGGGACACUUUCUACGGGGGCCCCACACCCACCCAACCAGUGCCCCACCAACCCAUCGCUGCCACGACCACCCCCCAGGCCCCAAACUCUGAGCAACUCCAAGCACAAAUUCGACGUCUAAAACGGCCACGACAUGAGGACGACCAGCCAGAGACAUCGACCUUGUGUCAGCCCCCCCAAUUGAACAUGUCAUUUUCCACCACCGCCCAAGUACUCGGGCCCCGCCCCUUCCGCGUGGCCCCACCUGACCCACCCAGGCCAUUCUCCAUCUCAUCACCCAACCCCUUCCGAUGCUAACUGGACCCCCCCCCCCCACCGCCACGACCAACAACUUGUGCCAUAAAACAAUAGCAGCUUUCCAAUCCUUUCUAUACUUCCACUCUUCUAUUCUCUACCAAUAUAAGAUUAUCCGCAAUUAGUUAAUUAAUUGAAAUAUUUAAAUUUAUUAUUUUUCACUCAGACACGCAUUCCACUCCCUUCUCCACAACUAACCCUCUUCCGUACACUCCACGCAGUAAACAAAAUGCAUAUAAAUAAAAAUUGGAAUUCACAUUGUCAACAAUUUUAUGCCUAGUAAUUAAGCAAUUUUAGUAUUACAAUUAUUACCUUUAACCAUUAUACGCUCCUUUAUAGGCCCGAGUGGCCAAGAAAAAGGAUUAAUAAAAUUCAUAUUCAUAUUCAUAUUCAUAUGUAUGUGCACACAGGUAAUGACUUCUCAUAAUUGUACAUAAGACUCGAGACGAAUUUAUUAAUUAUUUAUAAGCCCACGAGCUAUAAUGAUUUCUGAAUUUUACAAUAAAUAAUCAAAGGAUACUUAGCAAGGGCCGUCUGUCCAAAUACUUAACAAAGCAAUUAGAAUGCAAACUAAACUAAUUAUAAGUAUAAUAAUUAUGUAUGUACAUGUGCACAUAUACACAUAAGCAUAUACAUUUAUAAUGCCGGAUACUAAUGAGUACUUUAAACUAUUCACUUAUGUAAGCCUUCAGUCUUAUGUCUUAUGAAUCAUGCUAUUACGUAGUACAUAUUUAACGGAUUUGAUAUAAAGCUUCAAGCUGUAUAAAAUUUGGCUGGACUUUAUCAAAUUUUCUAAAUGACGUACAUAUGAAUGUACAAAUUUAACUCAAGUCAAUUAAAUAUGCAAAAAUGUCUUAUAUAUACUUUUUGAUGCAGACUUGUAACCUUAAAUUGUGCAUUCAAUUUUCUGGGAAGUUACUACUGCAUAUAAGUAUCUGUAUGAGUAUUAAUAAUCAAUAAGCAGCUACUAAUCGUAAGAUAUAAGUAGAUUGCAAAAUUAAAUAUGCACUUCCAAGUAUAGAAAAAUCGUCAUCGUGUUUUCCUUAUCAUCGCAACACCAAUUACCGCAAAAUGAAGACUUCCUUGAAUCUUAGGCUUAAAAACCACAAGACAUCCGUUCUUUCUUCUUUAUUUGUACAUUAUGUUUUGCAGUCAAGACGUAUGUAGUGUAACUUGAUAUUUUAAAUGAAACACAUAUUUCCGUACCAUAAAUAUAGUUUUUCAUAAAAAUAAACGUCCAGUAACCAUGAUUAAGAAACUAUCCAGCUCCCUUUCUUCACGAAAACCUAAAAAACCUCCGAUAACUCACAACCAGUCAAAUGUAAUCGGGGCAAAUUUUCUGGGUGACAUUGAAGUCGUGAGAUAUUAUUUAAAAAAGAAGUCUGAACAAGUUUUCCUAUCCUACAAAGCAGACACGGCCGAGAUUAGUUUAAAGUUGAGUAAAACUGGGAAAAUUGAUUGUGCAGUGAGCCUCUACGAAAUUAAGGAAAUACGACCUGGAAAAAAUUCUAAAGAUUUUGAGCGUUGGGCAGUUGAGACGAAAAAAGUGGAUCCUUGCAAUUGCUUUGUAAUCUUUUAUGGGACUGAAUUUCGACUGAAAACUUUGUCAGUCGUUGUCGACAACAGAAAGGAUGCCGAAAAUUGGAUAAAAUGCUUAGAUUAUUUGAUUGACAUUAGACGGUCCGAUUUUUAUUUAACCAAAUUGGACGUUUGGAUGUUAAAAGAAUAUGAAUCAUUUUGUAGUCAUAAAGGGUUGACAUUAAAGCAACUGAGAUCUCUUACACUUCGGAUAAAUUAUAAAAUAUCCAUUGGAAAAUUGGGGGAACAGUUUAGAAAAUUUCAGCUGGAAGAUGGGAAACUUGAGUUAUCCGGAUUUAUGCAAAUCAUGGCUGGUUUCAUUCAUGACCAGCAGAUUUACACAGAUUGUUUCGGGAAAUACUCGCUAGGACCUAAGAUUCUACUCACCGAGUUUGAGGAAUUUUUAAAAAAAGAGCAGCACGAAAGAAAUGCUUCGGAAUAUAAUUCAUUUUUUAGAGACUUUUCAAAAACUAUGUCCGGAAGUAGGAAGGCAAUUCCUUAUCUGACAAGCAAUGAGGCAGUGAAUUUCCUUUUCUCCAAACAAAACCAGCUUUACAAUCCAAAAAAUUGUGCCUCACAAGACAUGACCCGUCCGUUGUCGCAUUAUUGGAUUGCGUCGUCUCACAACACGUAUUUAACGGGAGACCAAUUAUCAUCGGAAUCAUCAUUAGAAGCAUAUGCACGAUGUCUCAGGCAAGGGUGCCGAUGUAUUGAAUUGGAUUGUUGGGAUGGUGACGGAAUGCCAGUUAUUUAUCACGGACGAACAUUAACAACUAAAAUUUGCUUUCUGGACGUAAUCAAGACCAUUCGUGAUCAUGCAUUUGUCACUUCACCGUAUCCAGUCAUUAUCUCGGUUGAAAAUCACUGCAGUGUAAAACAACAACGAAUUAUGGCCAAGAAAUUUGAGGAAAUAUUUGGCCGAAUGUUAAUCAGCAGCCCAAUUUUUAAGGAUGAAACAAAUCUCCCAUCACCAGAAAGUUUAAAAGGGAAAAUUAUCCUUAAAUGUAAAAAGUUGCCGAAAGACGACCAUGAAAUUAUAGAGUCUGCCCCAGUCGAGAAGGAUAAAGGGUUAGAUUUAUGCGAUACUGUAAAAAAUGGCAGAAUGUUCCUUCAAAAUGGCGCAAACCAUUGGGAGCCCUAUUUCUUUGCAUUGACGGAUGACAAGUUGAUUUACACGGAAAUUGACAAAGAAAUUGACGAGACUGAUGCGAGAAAGUCGACAAAUUUGAGCGGAGAAGAUUUGCAUUUCUCGAAAAGAUGGUAUCAUGGAAGAAUUCAGGGUGGAUUAAGGGUGGCAGAGGAAAGAGUCAAGAAGUUUGGCGUGGAGGGAUCUUUUUUAGUCCGUCCAAGCGAUACAAUGCCUGGAGAUUUUUCUCUCUGCUUUUUAUCGCAAGGAAAAGCACAUCACCUCAGAAUAAAAAGCAACCCUGAGCAGACACGUUUUUAUCUCGUUCCAUCCAAAUCCUUUGACAGUUUGUACUCUUUGAUUUCAUACUAUCGUCAAAAUCCACUCGACACAAAGGACUUUUAUGUUGAACGCUUUACAAAACCUGUCCCGCAGCCGGAACGGCAUGAAAGUCAACCGUGGUUUUACCCCAAUCCAAAAUACCCAGAUUCAAUGGAUAGAAAUGCGGCGGAGUAUAUUUUACAACGGGUUCCAUUAAAUGGUGCGUUUUUGGUGAGAUACGCUGGUGAACCUGGACCAGGGGGAAGAUUUGUUAUUUCUUUCAGAAUUGAGAAGCAAAUCAAACACUGUCGAAUAAAAGAAGAGGGCCGAUUGCUGGUUGUAAAUUCUACCCAAAAAUUUGAAAGUGUGGACAAGCUUGUAGAAUUUUACUAUACACAUUCAUUCUACAAAGGUCUCAAGUUAAAACAUCCAAUUAAUGAGGAAUUGAUAAAGUUCUCACAGACUGUGGAGGACCCUGAAAGCAAAGUCUACUCUCAUCCAGAUUAUCUCGACACAAAUAUUCCCCAAGUCCAAGUCCGUGCAAUUUGCUGUUUCUCUCCAUCAUCGUCCGGAGACUUGGUUGGUGUCCCAGAUCCAGAUAAAUUAGUACAAUUUGAUAAAGACGAUAUAAUCACCAACGUCACAAAACAUGAUGGUCGAUGGUGGCAAGGAGAUUGCGGAAAAAUUCUGCAAGGCUAUUUUCCUCAUGAUUACGUUGAAGAAAUCGAACAUGCAGACUCUCCAUUUGGCGAGCUGCAAAAAGGUUCGGUUGUUCUGGGGAAAUCGGACAUAGAAAAAUCAAACGAUGAAAACUUUGGAUACAUAAUUCGCGUUUGGAGUGCAAGUAAUCCGUUACCGUUUAAAGCAGCGGUCAAAACCAUGCGAGAAGCUAAGGAAUGGCAGGAAGCGAUUAAUUUUGUAUUUGUUAAGAGUAGUAGUAAGAUAACCCACUACGAUAAAAUCCAAAAAAAGAACAAGAUCGCUAACGAAUUUUCGAAUUUGAUAAUUUACUGUUGUGCUGUACCCAAAGUCUCGCCAGAAAUUAUCAGAAGCAGAGGCAGGAUUUUUAACGAGAUGGCAAGUUUUUCAGAAAUUGCUGCGGAAAAACAAAUGUCCGAAGAUCCAAUGUUUUAUGUGUGGUAUCAUGAGGUUCAGUUAAGUCGAGUGUAUCCAAAGGGCCAGAGAGUGGACUCUUCGAAUUAUUAUCCAAAUAAAUUCUGGGUUUAUGGUUGUCAAAUGGUGGCUUUAAAUUAUCAAAAGCCAGAUAAACCCCUCCAAUUAAAUCACGGUCUUUUUAGACAAAACGGUCAAUGUGGCUAUGUUUUAAAGCCGGAUUUUAUGUUUAAGAAAAACUUUGAUCCGUCAAAAGUUAAGGAACUAGUGGUCAAUGGAAUAAAACCAGUGAAUCUCAAAAUUACAGUCAUUGCAGCCCGUCAUCUCUCAAGAUCUGGAAAUAAACCAAUUUCCAAUCCAUUUGUGGAAAUUGAAAUUUAUGGAGCAGAUUUUGAUUGUCAAAGUGUUAAAACCAACAAAGUCGUAGCCGAUAACGGAUUGACUCCGUUUUGGAAUGAAAAAUUUGCAAUGACAGUACAAAACCCACCUUUAGCUCUGAUCCGAUUCGGUGUAAUGGAUGUGGAUUCAUUUGGUGAUACAUAUUUCUUGGGACAAGCAACAUACCCGGUGACUUGUAUUCUUCAAGGAUAUAGAAGCGUCCCGUUAGAAAAUGGAUUUGGAGAAAGUCUUUUGUCAGCUCUUUUAAUUCAUUUAGAGAUUUGUUAAUCGAAAUAAAGUUUUGGUACAAACAA